AUGCCUCUCGAUACCUCUACAACAUACCCUCUGACCCGGCUGCGCCUGGACGGUCGCCGAUGGAACGAACUGCGCCUGCUCCAGGCCCAGAUCUCGACCAACCCCGCCAGCUCCGGUUCAUCAUACCUGUCCAUGGGUAACACUUCGAUCAUGUGCUCUGUUCACGGCCCUGCAGAGGGUCGCCGUGGUGAUGCGGCAGGAAGUUCUGGUGCCGUCGUCGAGGUAGACGUCAAUGUUGCCGGAUUUGCUGGCGUGGAUCGCAGGCGGAGAGGUGGAGGAAGCGACAAGACAUCCUCGCGCAUUGCGGUCAUCCUCCGUUCUACCUUCCAAUCGCAUUUACACGCCUACCUCUACCCACACAGUACCAUUAGCAUCCAUGUCUCCGUUCUCUCCUCCGAUGGGUCCGUGCUCGCCGCCGCAAUCAAUGCUUGCACUUUGGCCUUGGUUGAUGCUGGUAUUCCUAUGCCUGGUCUGCUCUGUGGCUGCACGGCUGGUAUGAGCGGAAGUGCCUCGACACCGAAGGAUCCCCGACACGAUGAACUGGACCCUCUUCUGGAUCUUUCUCUGCCUGAGGAACAAGAGUUGCCUUUGAUGACCAUCGGAACUACCACUGUUGUGCCUGGGGGCGAGAAUAACAUGGACGACGACGACGAAGAGACUUCUGUGGCUUUGAUGAUCAUGGACUCUAAACUACAUAGUACAUACACUGAGACCAUGUUAGCCGUGGGUAUCGAUGGGUGUAACCAGAUUCGCGAGUUGCUGGAAGGAGUCAUUAAAGGAUCGAACCGGGGAUGA